UAAGAAUAAAUUGUUAGGUGUCAGGAUGACCGAGUGGUCUAAGGCGCCAGACUCAAGAAUAAAUUGUUUAAAAAAAUUGUUUCUCAUAUUGCAUCUUUUUUUUUGAAGUGAAGCCAGCCUAUAAUAUUUCAUAUUGCUUAACAAAAUUCUUGAAGAAACACCAGCAAGAAUGGAUAAACCACAGCUCACCUCCUUUUUUUGUUUUUAAAGUUUUGUUGGAAAGUAGCCACUCUGGUGCUUUACAGAAGUUUGCUGAUCUUUGCUACUUAAAGAUUUGAGGCUUGAUUGCCUGUCACAUUUCAGAAGAUUAUAUACAGUCUUGUAUAAAUUUUUAAUUAAAACGUUAUAUUAACAAGAGAAGGGCUCUAUUUCAUUCUUUUGUUCUUCAGAGAGCCAGGACAUGGUACACUCAGCAGUGGUAAUAAGAGCUGCCAUUUGCGGAAUGGCUAGUGUGUACCAUACUCCACACUCAGCCUAUUGCAGGCAUUUGCUCUAAUACAAAGCCUAUCAGUUUUAGUGGUGAGGGAGUUGAGGCUCAGAGUGGUUAAAUAAUGUUCCCAGAGUUAUAAAAAUAAUUCUCAAAGAUAAUCUCACACCAUUGAGAUUCAACCCUCGAUCUGUCCUCUUCGGUGUCUUCCAUCACUCUCGCCAUUUUCCAAAAAUACUUGCUGACUUGAAGGCAUUAUGCGCCUUUUAUUUUCUGCCAGCAAUACCCUCUCAUAAUUCCGUGCUCCCUCCCACAUCCCUUUGUGCAUGUCACUCUGGCCAGUGUCUCCACCUGCCCACUCUGCUUUGGAAAUGUUAUUCUUCUUCAAGGCCUGGGAGAAACGCCCCCCUCUUCUCAUCUCAGGAGGACGUUCUCCAAAUUCCCUGUCCAUGGCUCUCGAAACAAGUCGGUGCAGCUUGGGUUCAGAGAUGGGCAGUGAAAAGGCGCAGAAACCGGAGCAGCACCUGCCUGAGGAAGGGGAACUGGGUAAGCCGUGGAGAGCGGAUGACUCGGUUGGGGAGAAGGAACCCACGCAGAAGAGGCCCCCAGGAGCUCAGCGAGAAAAGCUCUGGGGCACAGCUGCUCCAAUUGGCCAGUCCGAGAGCCCCAUUGCUCACCCAAAGCCUGAGGUAGAUGAGAAGCCCUUUCUUUGUGCCCAGUGUGGCAAAACUUUCAAUAAUACCUCCAACCUAAGAACACACCAGCGGAUCCACACUGGCGAGAAGCCUUACAAGUGUUCGGAAUGUGGCAAGAGCUUCUCCAGAAGUUCCAACCGCAUCCGGCACGAGCGGAUCCACCUGGAAGAGAAGCACUACCAAUGCCCCAAGUGUCAGGAGAGCUUCCGGCGGCGCUCGGACCUCACCACGCACCAGCAAGAUCACCUGGGUAAGCGGCCCUACCGCUGUGACGUGUGCGGCAAGAGCUUCAGCCAGAGUGCCACGCUCGCUGUGCAUCACCGCACCCACCUGGAGCCCGCGCCCUACAUCUGCUGUGAGUGCGGGAAGAGCUUCAGCAACAGUUCCAGCUUUGGGGUGCACCACCGCACCCACACGGGCGAGAGGCCUUAUGAGUGCACAGAGUGUGGGCGGACUUUUAGUGACAUCUCCAACUUUGGGGCCCAUCAGAGGACCCACAGAGGGGAGAAGCCCUACAGGUGCACUCUAUGCGGGAAACAUUUCUCCCGGAGCUCAAAUCUCAUCCGGCACCAGAAAACUCACAUGGGCGAGCAGACUUUGAAAGAUUCCGGUUGAAGGAGAGACCUCCCAACCUGCCGUGGAAAGUUCUUUAGGAUCUGCUGCUGUUCCCCUGGGCCUAAAGCCACCCAUCCCUCUUUGGAGAGUAGUUUCCUGUAGCCUCUGAAUCUGGAAUCUCUAAGAAGUCCUGAAAAGGGGACUCUGAGGGAAAAUCUUUCUCAUUCCAGGCCAGUUUCUUGCCUUAGAGUGCUGGAGGAAGGACCCCGUCUUGACUGGACCUCCUUGGUGUGGAAGAGAAAUCGAUCUGGUUCCGAAUAUGCUCAUGCUCUUAGGGCAAUAGCCCCCUGGCCUUUGAGGCAAUCCCUUGGAGGUGGGGUCACUGUCGAAGGGCCUUCAUAUUAUACGUGAACUGCUUGACAUUAGGGCACACCGCAGUGGCUACUAGCUUCCCCCGGCUGUGCCCUCAACUUUGACUCUAGGUCUCUGGGCUGGGAAGAAGGACCUUCCCAUUGGAAGGGGCCUCUUGACUUGGAGAAGAAAUUUGAGGUCCUGUGUUAGGAGUUACAGGGGAGUCCUCAGGGAGCCAGGAACCAGGGACUUUCAUGCUCCCACAAGUUUAUUAACAUGUUCCUCCCCAUUCCAACCUGAGCCUGUUUCCUCUGAGAUUGGCAGUAAAAACCCUUCAAUGA